CUAUUUCGUGUCUUACGUCUUUCUGUUUCCGGUUGCGAUCAGGCUGUAAAAAUGGCACAAGGCAAACAGAAAUUUAAGGCGCAGCGACCCGGAGGAGCUAAAAAGCAACAAAAACCGAAAGGACUCAAGAAGGGAGGAAGGAUCAUCGCACCCAAAAAAGCACAAGUGGUCCAACAGCAGAAGCUGAAGAAGGGUUUGGAGGUGGCCAUCAGGAACAGGAUUGAACACGAAGUCACACAGAGGGCCAGCAAGUCUCUUCAUAAGAAACUGAGUGUGCUGAAAACUCCCGCAGGGAAAAGCGGGACAGCCGGAUCCUCGAAACCAGCUGCUGCUGGCUCAUCCAAAUGACACAACUGAUGCCAUCUGCUGUACAGCCGCUAGGUGGCGCUCACCGCCAUAUAAAAACACAACUUUACAUUGACUGAUAGUGUACGGGCCAUGAUCAUUGGGACUUGUGACUGUUAUUUUUAUAGAAUAAAAUGAUAAAUGAUUGUGAGCUUUCAUAAUAUAUUCAUUUGAACAAA